ACCGUUUCUUUCGGCCAGAAAAAGAAAAAAGAGUGGAAUGGUUGAAGAAGAAAAACGAGAGAAGAAAAGUGACGAGAACGUAGCUGUCUUUUAAAGGCAAAAACCGGAGAGAGAGGAAGGGUGCUGAUUUUUGGUGGGGAAGAAGAACUGCAAAGGGGAGAAACGCCUGUCGCCGCCGUCCUCCACCGAGUCUAGUUGUCCGCCGUCGCCAUCCCGGGUCAGGAUACACAUACGCCAGCUAUUUUCGCCAUCAAUUUGCUACUGUUACUGCUGCCACGGCCAUUUCGCCGUGGUUUGCUGACCAGGCUAGAGGAAUGAAAAGGUAGCAUCGGGUCGCGUUUCCGUUGCCGUUGUUCAUUGCGCCAUUAUCGCCCGAAAGAGGCGUGCGCUCUGCUGGUGACUGAGUCAGGGGAGGUCAUCGAUUGAAAAGCAAAGCUGAAAAGCGACGAAUCCACCGGUUUUGUCGUGCUAUCUCCGGUCAUCGAUUCUCGCUGCUGGAGUGCCAUCUGUGUAUUUCAUCUCCUUGAAAGUCCAAUUCACAGAGGGUGCGGCACUACACUCUUUGCUUAAUCUGAAAUGGAUUGUUUCUAGGUUCUGCAGCUGCGGAACAAGGGUUGUUGCCUCCAGCAAAAUUUAUAAGCAACUUCUCACGGGGGAAAUGAACAGUUGUUUUGCGGUCUGUGGAUCAUUAUAAGUGUGCUUCCUGUUCUGUGUAUUAGGAAGUAAAAUAUGGGGUCGUUAUGCAGCAAACAACGUCAUUUCGAUAAACCAGAGAAUGAGGAGAAUGGACAGGCUGCAGAGAUUGAGAGACGAAUUGAGCAAGAAACAAAAGCAGAAAAGCAUAUUCAGAAACUGCUAUUGCUUGGUACUGGAGACUCUGGAAAGUCCACAAUAUUUAAGCAGAUAAAGCUUUUGUUUCAAAGUGGUUUUGGUGAAGCAGAGCUAAAGAGCUAUACCUCAAUUGUACAUGCCAAUGUAUACCAGACAAUAAAAAUAUUGCACGAUGGUUCCAAGGAGUUGGCCCAAAAUGAAGCUGAGUCCUCAAAGUAUAUUAUAUCCAGUGCAAAUAAGGAUGUUGGAGAGAGGUUAUCAGAAAUCGGAGGAAGGUUAAAUUAUCCUCAGCUUACUAAGGAGCUUGCAGAGGAGAUUGGAUCUCUAUGGAACGAUCCUGCAAUUCAGGAAACUUAUUCCAGGGGUAAUGAGCUUCAAGUUCCCGACUGUGCUCAUUAUUUCAUGGAAAAUUUGCAGAGAUUGUCUGAUGCAAAUUACUUGCCAACUAAGGAAGACGUUCUCUAUGCAAGAGUUCGAACUACUGGUGUUGUAGAGAUACAAUUCAGCCCCGUUGGAGAAAACAAGAAAAGUGGUGAAGUAUAUAGACUUUUUGAUGUUGGUGGUCAGCGAAAUGAGAGGAGAAAGUGGAUUCAUCUAUUUGAAGGGGUUACUGCUGUGAUAUUUUGUGCCGCCAUUAGUGAGUACGAUCAGACACUCUUUGAAGAUGAGCAUAAGAACCGUAUGAUGGAUACCAAGGAACUAUUCGAGUGGGUCCUCAAGCAGCCGUGUUUUGAGAAAACAUCCUUCAUGUUGUUCCUGAACAAGUUCGAUCUUUUUGAGAAGAAGGUUGCAAAUGUCCCGCUAAAUGUAUGCGAGUGGUUCAAGGAUUACCAGCCGGUAUCAUCGGGAAAGCAAGAGGUUGAGCAUGCAUACGAGUUUGUGAAGAAGAAGUUCGAGGAACUGUAUUUCCAAAGCACAAGCCCAGAUCGGGUGGAUCGGGUGUUCAAAAUAUAUAGAACAACUGCCUUGGAUCAGAAGCUUGUGAAGAAAACAUUCAAGCUGGUGGACGAGACAUUGCGCCGUAGAAAUCUGUUUGAAGCUGGUUUGCUGUAAUUGAUGAAGAAGCACUAGACUUUUUAUAUUUAUAAUCUACUACUGAGUUGAAAGGAAAAGGAAUGUCCAUAUAAUCUCGGGUGGGGUAUUGCCAUUGGGGACGAUGUAAACAAUAUUCUAAGGUGGGAAAAGUUUUGGAAAGUUAUUCAUUUGGGUUUGCAGGCGUACAGAGUCGGAUAGGAAGAUCGAGUGAGGACGACGUCAAUCAUCAUAUUCUUGUGUUGAUGAUGAGGAACUCUGUACUGAGGAGGAAGUUGGGACUGGAUCUGGGUUCAUUCGCUUUUUUUUUUUUUUUUUUUUUUUUUUUUGCCA